CCGCGGGGCGGGGCGGAUGUGAUUGACAGCUGCACCCUCCGGCCCCGGGUCCCGGGGCCCACCCUCAGCCCGUCCGACCCCGAUCUCUCCGAUGGAGUCGCUCCGGGCCCAGCCGGCCUCUCCCGGCGGCACCUUCCGCGGCCUCCCCGGGCCGGGGCCUGCAGCCGCCCCCGCAUCCGCCGCAGCAGCGGCUCCCGCCGAGGAGCGUAAUCGGGAGGUGCUGAGGGAGGCGGUGGAGGCCGUGGUGAAGAGUUUCGCCAAACACACCCAGGGGUACGGCCGAGUGAACGUGGUAGAGGCUCUGCAGGAGUUCUGGCAGAUGAAGCACAGCCGAGGGGCAGAGCUGAGGAACGGCGCCCUGGUGGUGUAUGAGAUGGUGCCCUCCAGCAGCCCCCCGUACGUCUGCUACGUCACCCUGCCAGGGGGCAGCUGCUUCGGCAGUUUCCAGCUGUGCCAGACCAAGGCGGAGGGCAGACGCAGUGCGGCCAAGAUUGCCCUGAUGAAUUCUGUCUUCAACGAGCACCCAUCGCGCAGGAUCAACGACAGCUUCAUCGAGAAGAGUGUGUCUGAAGCCCUGGCUUCCUUCAAAGGGAACAAGGACGAGGCUGACAUUUCCAAUACUGGCAUUGGAGCCUUCCGAUUCAUGCUGGAGUCCAAUAGAGGGAAGUCCAUGCUGGAAUUUCAGGAGCUGAUGACGGUAUUUCAACUCCUGCAUUGGAAUGGCAGCCUGAAGGCAAUGAGGGAACGGCAAUGCUCUCGCCAGGAGGUGCUGGCUCACUACUCCCACAGGGCCUUGGACGACGACAUGCGCAGCCACAUGGCGACAGAGUGGGUGAGCCGGGAGCACGUGAUGCCUGGAAUAAUCAGCCGGGAGCUUGCCGUCGCAGAGCAGGAGCUGGAGGAGGCCCGGCUGGCAGGGAAAGAACUGCGCUUUUACAAAGAGAAGAAGGACAUCCUGGUGCUGGCCAUGGGACAACUGGGUCCGAAACAUACCACCAACUGCUGAGGCUCCUCAGUGCCCCGCCUGGCCCAGCAGCCGGGCACCUGGACUGAGCUAAUGGCCUGCCUCCUGGGGGUUUACUCUGCUUCAUAUUUAGUGGGCACUUGCAGCUGUCUCAACUGUAUCCUUCAACUUCUCUCAUUCUCUUCUCUUUUCCUGAUCACGCCAGAUUGUUCAGGCAGCUCUUUGGAGCUAAAAGGGGCACCGUGACUGCAAUGCGUCUGGACUCGCCAGGCCUCACUGCCUCUGUCAGGCCAGGAAGGUAAUUCCCAAAUCAUAGCAGGCCGUGAGGUUGCUGGUCUCCAGCCCUGUGUUUGUCACUUCCUAUUUACUGCAAUCUUUAAUGUUUCCUUGCCUUUUCUAAGACUUCAAUCAUCAGCGUUGUGCUGAAAAGCCUGAAGUGAGUGAGUCUGAGUCUCUCUGCAGAGAGAGCAUUACAACUGAGAUGAUUGAACCAGUCAGGGGUGGGUUUUGGGGACAGGGUGCCUGAGACCAGAGGACACGGUCUCUGAAUGCAAGCAGGUCAUUUAAGAGGUGUGGAAGAAUUUCUUCACUCUGUGGGGCUGUGUUUGGAAUUCUUAUCCCCAGAGGGCUGAGGAGGUUCGACCUUUGAGCAGGUUCAAGCCAGAGAUCCAUAGCUUUCCAGGGAUUAAAGAUCUGGAGGCUUUAUGGGCAGAGUGUGGAAUAGCAGCAUUGAGAUAGAAGAUCAGCCAUGAUCUUGUUGACUGGCAGAGCAGAUUUGAGGGGUGAAAUGACUUUCCUUGUUCCUGCAUCACCCUGUCCACAGUGACCCACACGGACAAAUAUCACAUACACUAAGCCCUUACACCCAGAUGUAAGCAAUUCUGACAAUAUCACUGGAGCUGUCAAUCUGCACCAUUUUUGCAGGCUAUCCUGACAUGCCUUAUUCUCUGCUGGAAUUUUGACAGGACUGACCUCGUCACCUCUCACUCUGAUCCACUUAUUACUUCUGACUUGGCUGAAUUUAUACACUACACAACUUGUACCGAAGCCAGCGUUUUAGAUUAAAAAGCAGUAUUAUAUGUUUGAUACAUGGUGACUGAUAGCUCACUACUUUGCACCUAGCCAUUUGAUCAAAUAAAAUUUUUAUUGGA